UGCCAGCCAGCUCUUGAGUUCUUGCUGUAGUGUUCUACACUUGUACUGUUGCAGAGAAAGAAAGUAGAGAGAGAAAGAAGGAGGGGUUGCACGAAGAAAAGGGGCGAGAAGAGAAUCUGAAUUCGCUUUUAGUCAUUGACCAACCCCACAGCUCCGUCCACCUCACCUUCCAAGUCUACCUCGCCGUCGUCCCACCCACCGCCUCCUUAUCGCCUCAUCCGACGCGACGGCCACCAAGCGAAAUUGACAGCCUCCAGCCAUCCAAGACUAGAAGAGUGAUUGUGCGUGCCCUGAUGCGCACAGCCACCAAGCGGAAUUUCCAAGAGCACGUACCAAGCGAAGACUCGAAAGUCAUCGUGCUUACUCUCCGAAGUUUCCGGGAAAUUUGGCCACACCAGGCCGUGUGGCCAUCCGGCGUAUGGGCAUGGAGACCACGAGCAGACGGCACCAAUGAGUUCUUAGCCUCGCGCAUGGCCAUGGAGUCGCCGGCGACAAGCCGCCUGCUCGUGUUCCUCUCUUUGCUCACGCUUUGGAGCAUCGCCGUCGACAGUGCGCCGCCAGCUGCCGCCGCGGUGGCGCGGGAGGCGACGGCGCCUGCGCCGGUGCGGUUCGGCGUGGGGAGCAGGAGCCUGACCUGCAAUUCCGUGGAGGUCCUGGAUGCGUUCUACCUGAAGCAACCAAGCUGCGCCAACUGGGCGGACCUGCGAGCGAAGGAUUCCCGCGGAGAGGCCGUCGCCGCAGCACACGCUGCCGAGGACCUGAUCAAGAAUGCCCAAGUGCAAGCCAUCAUCUGGGGCCUUCAGAUGCUGAACAAUGCAGAUCACAUCCCACACCUGGCCGACCACAACAACAUUCUGGCGCUCUCCUUCUACGGCAGUGAUGCCUUCUGGCAAGAAGAUCCUGUAAACGAUUCCGCGGGCCUUACACUUGGAUUAAAUGACACCAUGAUGUUUCUUCAUCCAAGAACCGAGAAAAUAGACGGCAUGAAACUGGAUACAAGAAAUUCAAGACAAGAUCACGAAGGUCAGGUGAUGCUGAAAGAUUUUGCGAAUGUUAUUUAUCCUAUUCUCGAGAAACAAAACAUCAGCAUGUACAAUACUGUUAAAGAUAUGGUGAGGCCAGUUUCUAGUCCGCUCUAUAACCGUCUCCGAGAUCCUCACCCAUCCUAUCGGAAACGACGAGCCUCUUCCACAACGUUGCUUAGUGGUGAGCACUAUGAUGAGCUUGUAUGCAGCGUGUCUCCCAGGAUGAAUUUGGGAGUGGGCGAUGUGCCAUACGCACAGUCUGGUGCGUCUAUGAUUGUGCUCGUCAAGGAUGAACCAUAUACAAUCAGCUGGACAUUUGUAAAGCCACUAAGUAGGAAUCUUUGGUUUGCAACCAUUAUCUUUUUCUUCUAUACUGGCAUUGUUGUGUGGAUGAUUGAACUACCCAGAAAUCCGGAGUACCAAGGAUCAAGUUUGAGACAAUGUAGCACUGCCCUCUACUUUGUUUUCUCUACUUUGACGUUUUCUCAUGGUCAAAUUAUUAGAAGCCCCUUGUCAAAAAUUGUCGUGGUAAUAUGGUGCUUUGUAGUGCUGAUUCUGAUACAGAGCGACACAUCAAGCUUGUCAUCCAUAUUAACCAUAGAGAGGCUCCGUCCUUGGGUUCUGCACCUCUCACUUUGCAAAACUUCUCGGGGCUCUUCGUCAUCACUGGAUCCAUUUCAACUAUCAUGAUACUGAUAGCCAUUGUGAGGUUGGUGUUCGCACACGAACACGUCACCGUAUAUCCUAUCUGACCGGCAGCGCGAUACGCAGGACAGCCGACAGAUGCUUUUGUAGACCCGAAGCCCCGUUUGCCCGGGAGGGACCCCAUCAAGGCUCGCGGCGGCUAUGGGCUGCUCCAGGUCGAUUCGCUCGCCCCUAGAGCCUCGUGGAUCCGCAGCCCUCCAGCAUGAAGAACUAGUGAAGAACGAGAAAAAAGAUACAAAGGAGAGAUAAAAAGUAGAUGAACACGAAAAAGUAGUAGAUGUGUUUGUUCGAUUGUGUGUUGUUUCAAUCGGCCGUCACCCCCAACAUAUAUAAGAGGCGGCUGGACUUCCCGUACAAGCAAAGAAUUUAUCUAGGCUUUCCUUAC